CAGGGCUCCAAUGGGGGCGGCCGGCUGGAGACGGCGCCUCAGCCUUCUAGUUUCUGAUGCCGUUGCCAAAUAUCUGCCCGAGCUCCCGAAGGCCAACAUCUACUGCGUCGCAUGAUGGUGUAUAUUAAAGUGUGGUAUAAAAAGGGUGACUAGUGUAUACUUGUGAUUUUUAGUUUACGGAUGCCUACCUUUGGUGCUAUUGGAAAAAAUCUAAAUAUGGGCUGGAAAGCAAAUCAAUAUGAAGAAUUCGACGGCAAAAAGAAAAAAGACUCGAUACCUGCAGACGAUUUAAGUUCACCAGAAAGCAUCCCUGAAAUAGAAAGGCCACCUUUAAGACACAUCGACAAGUACAUAAGACCUGAAAUACCAUGCCUGACAAAAAGAGCAACAGUGGCUCUGCUAUGCUGUGUCGGGUUCAUCAUCAUGUUCGGCAUGCGAACCAGUAUGGGAGUAGUAAAACUGAAACUAAACAACACUUGGUCUCCAGAAACCCUCUCAGCAGUAGACUCGGCAAUUUUUUGGGGUUACUUCGUAACCCAAAUCCCAGGGGGUUUGAUAGCAGCAGCAUACCCAGCAAACAUCCUAUUUGGAGCAGCAAUAGGCAUAUCGUCGUUUCUAAAUCUUAUAGUACCUCUAAUAUACCAAAAUCCUGACGUGUUAAUUAUUGUUAAAGUUAUGCAAGGUUUAGUAGAGGGUGUAACAUAUCCAGCAUGCCACGGUAUCAUGCGUCAUUGGGCUCCCCCAUUAGAAAGAUCCCGCUUAGCGACUUUAGCGUUUAGUGGAUGCUACGCCGGUGUUAUGUUUUCGUUGCCUAUUUCCGGGGAAAUGACUGAAAAUUUAGGAACCCUGUCUCCGUUCUACUUUUACGGAGUCAUAGGCAUAAUAUGGUACUUUUGUUGGAUAUGGUUGGUGUUUGAGAAACCUUCGUACCACACGUGCAUAGAGGCGAAGGAGUUGUUGUAUAUUGAGAACGCUCUUGGUACCAGUCAGCAAGUUUACGUCGCGCCUACUCUGUUAAACACUCCGUGGAAGUCGUUUUUUACUUCGAUGCCAUGCUACGCCAUCUUUGUGGCGAAUUUCUGCAGAUCUUGGAAUUUUUAUAUACUUGUGCUUUUCCAAGCGGCGUACUUUCAGGAUGCUUACCACUCUGGAGUUCAGGAGAACACUCUUUUGGGCGCACUUCCCCACUUACUAAUGACAAUCGUAGUACCAAGCGGAGGUAUCCUGGCCGAUAAACUACGUAAAAAAGGCAUCCUAACGACAACACAAGUACGAAAACUGUUCAACUGCGGUGGUUUUGGCAUGGAAGCCACCUUUUUCUUGAUAAUGGCAUAUUCGAAAACCAUUACGCAGGGAAUGACGGCAUUAUCUAUUGGUGUGGCAUUCAGCGGUUUCGCCAUUUCUGGGUUCAAUGUUAACCAUUUGGAUAUUGCUCCGAAGUAUGCCAGUAUCUUGAUGGGAAUGUCCAAUGGGAUUGGUACCAUUGCUGGGUGUUUAUGCCCAUUUGUGGUGCACAAAAUUGUUCUUGAUAAGACUAAAGAGGAAUGGAGAGAAGUUUUCAUAAUAUCGGCCGUUAUCCAUUACUUGGGUAUCGUCUUUUAUGGCAUAUUUGCAUCAGGAGACCUGCAACCAUGGGCGGACUCUAACGCUGAAGAAGAAAAACAAUGGAAUCAGAUGAACGAAGCUCCCAUCAAAAAAUCACCAUCCCAGAGUAACGGUCUCCUGCACCGGCAACUGAGCGGCGCCGCUAGCGGCUACGGCACCGUGGAGACGGCGCUACCGGCCAGACCGCCGCCCCCGCCUCGCCAACUAUCGCAGGAGACUCCUGUAAGGCCCGCCCCGCCCCGCCAACUGCCGCAGCCGCAAGCGCCACCUGCCGUUCCCGUCGGCAACCCGUUUUUAGCUUCUUCCGGUACGAAUCCCUUCAGACAGGAAGCUGUACAGCCUGCGGCGCAAGACAGUUAUCUGCACGGGUCGGUCGAGGACAGGGCUUAUUAAGGGGCUUAAGGGUUUUAAGGUUGUCAGGAUUGUGGAAAUGUUGGUAACAUUAAGAACAAAAAAGUCAAAAUAGUGUUAAUGGUACUACAUUACCAGGUCCUGCCCUUGUGAUUAACAAUAUAAUAGAUUUUUUCAACUAUUGGAAAACUCUGAUUAGUAACACUAUGUAACAUGAUAUUGUUUAUCUGGAUUUUAUUACACAAAUCGAAACUCAAAAGUUAACGUGAGAUUUUAAAUGAAAGGUUUCCUUGGUAACCACAAAAGAGAAAAUUAUAUUGACCUUGUCAAAGUUUCAUUAGGAAGUUUUAAAGAAAUGGGAUGCCGCAUGUCGUUGAAAGUACCUACACUAUUUGCAUUCGCAUCUUGACUUUUUCCGUGAAAAUCUGGGAGAUGUCAGCGAAGAACAUGAAGAAAGAUUUCAUCAAAAUAUUCGGGCAAUGGAAAAGUGAUAACAAGGAAGGUGGGAUGCGACAAUGAUGGGUGACUAUGUUUGGAAUCUACUUCGGGAAGAAAAUGCAUCAUAUAAAAGAAAAAGUCGUAUUAAAAUUCAUUUUUGAGCCAAGACUUAAAA